UAGAGGAAACUCAGGGAGGCUGCUGAUCAGAGUCAAACUAUGCGUUCUUCAUCAACAGGCUUCACAAUGGUCUCCAUUCAGAGCUGCAAUAACAGGAGCCAGGCCCGGCUUCUAUUGUGUCUGUCUGUAUGUCGAGUGUGUGUGUCUGAGCAGCACACAGAUGAUGGAUGGUGAGAGGAUGAGUCUGUCUCUCUGGAUACUCUGAGUCAGGAGGGAUUCAAGCCGAGGACUCAUUUCACCUCAUUACAAGCUCUUCAGUUUCUGUGGUCUCAGACACGAAAUAACCAGACCAGAGAUAGACCCAUAAGGGGGUCAGGAAGUAGACUCAGAGUGAAUCAAGAGUUCGACUGCAGCAGGUGUGUCAACGCAUCGCUCCGCCGAGACCUCCAACAAGACCUCCAACAAGACCUCCAACAAGACCUCCAACAAGACCUCCAACAAGACCUCCAACAAGUUCUUCAACAAGACCUCCAACAAGCGAUGGAAAGCCUCAGGAUGUUCUGGCUGUGUCUCCUCCUCUCGUUGAGUCCGACUGAAGCGGAUCCUUCGACCACGCCACUGUCGUUCUCUGGAACACACGAUGGUGGUGUGAACUCGACCCCCACUUUAGGGUCCAGCUCUGUUCCCACCUACACAGACUCUUUUGACAUAGACACAAACGGCACCCGGGCAGACUGCCUGAUCGACACGGAGAUGGGUUUGAUAGCUCUGGGCUCGGCGGGGGGGCUGAUCGUCUGCCUGCUGGUAGCCACCGUGGUGUUAGCGUGCCAGGUCUGGCACCUUCAGCGCCGGGUCAACGCCCCCAGAACCUCCAGGUCCAACCUGGACUUGGUGGGCAGCGCAGGCUACUGGGGCGAUGACAGACCAGAGGCUCAGGGCCUUAUUGGUCCGUGUGACGCUAGCGUCAUGCUGGAGGAGGUCGGAGCAGACAGCAGGACGGAGGAGGAUGAGGAGUAUGAGGGUCAGGCUGAAGCCAGAGACGAGGGCGGGGCAGGGCUGGAGGAUGGAGCCAUGGCAAUGGCUGCUUUCAACCCUGAAGACAAGACCCCCCAGAUGCAGAGCUCCAGCUCCAGGGACUCCUGCCUGGAGGUCCCCCGGGAUCUAGAGGACAUGCCUCUGGUCGUGUAAGGAGCUGACCUUGCCUCGGUUUGACCCCCAAACGCUUCCCUCAGCUAAACCAGCUCUCCUGAAGGGCGUGGUGACGCUCUCCUCUACGCUUUCACAGUUUAUCCACUCACUAAAGUUAACUCUUAGUCAGACACACAACAGGACUUCAUUUCAAACUGGAGCACUAGAAGUAAACUCACGCUCUGGAGCCCAGAAACACAUCUUCAUCUGACAGAUAAAGUCCUGAAUCUAAAGGCCUGAUCCUCUACAUCGUGGAUCUGAUGAGAAGUAUCUAAAUUUAGUUUAAAACGUACUCAGAGUUAUUCUUCUGGCCUGUUUGGUCUUUCUUACAGGAAGUACAGAGGACACCAUGCAGCUCAGGCGGAGGUCUAAACCAGCAGCCUCUAUAAACAUCAUCUCUUUAACCGCUGAGCAAACCUGCAGCCCAGUUUUAGCUCCGCUGUUAUUCAGAAACAGUUUGAUAACUCAGAUCACAUUUAGACUCAAAGCAGGAAACGGUCCCUCAGCUUUUCUGUGUCGCUGCAUGAAGACAAAGAGAAGGAGUCACAUCGUGAUGAAACCCUGCAGGAGCCGAGGAGGAGAGCUCCUGAGGGGUCUCCUUAAACAGUUCUAUUCUGACGAUGCGUUCACUGGACUCAUCUUAAAUAUCUGAGCUGCACAGACUUCAGGUCAGAUUCAAAGAGAACAGUGUGUUGUAGAUUUUUCAUCGGAUGCUUCAUGUGAAUUAAUUUGAUGGAAUGUUUAAUAAUCUAACACGACUUAUUCUAAGAUAUGAAGAUAAACUGAGUUCAAUGAUCAUUAAAGAAAGAUACAUCUGAGAUGCUAAAGAGAUCAUGUGAUGUGUUGAUGGAUUCAUAAAGAGAGGACACAUUUAGAAGUCUGAUUAACGUCUGCCAACCCUCCUUCCUGUUUUUCAUAAAUCUAUUGAUCUUUGCUUCAGUUCCUCAGACGCUUCUCUGCUCCUGUUAAACCUGCUGCUCAUCAAACAGCCUGUAAACUUUGAAAUAAACAGACUUUGCAUUGA